CUGGGACCGACCCACGAACACCACGGUGACCGGAUUUACCUUUGUUUACCUUUUAUUUACCUUUUAUUUACCUCUUCUAUAUAUGUGUUUAACUUUUAUUUAACUGUGUUUACAUUUAUUUACUUUUCUUUAUAGAUUUGUUUACCUAUUAUUUACCUUUUCAUUAGCUUUAUUUACGUUACAGUGAAGUUGCAGAGGUUAGCUAACGUUUAUAACUUAGCUAACUUUAAUAACUUAGUUAACUUUAAUAACUUAAGGAACUAGUUAACUUUAAUAACUAAGCUAAGUUUAGUAAAUUAACCUAAAAAACUUGGCUAACGUUAAUAACUUAUUACACUUUAGUAACUUAGUUCAUGUUAAUAACUUAACUUUAACAACUUUAAUAAAAGAGUAAACUGAGUAAAUCCGAGAUGUGUGAGGACGUGUUCACUCUGGAUGAGUUGUUGGAUUUAUCCAUCGGGACGCCUCACGGAACCGUUAACUUCCCCGCCCUGCACGCGCUGCUCCGCGCGGUGCUCCGGCAGCUCGGGCUCCGGGAGCUGAAGACCCGCUGGAGGGCCUCUUCCUCCGGCCGCGCUGCGGGGGGGCUCCCCGGUGCCGCAGAGGAGGGACCGCUCCAGGUGGAGGGGGACGUGGAGCGGCUCCAGGAGCGGGCCCCCUCAGACCCGGGCUCCUCACCCAGAGCCGAGCUCCAGGAGCGGGCCGCCUCAGCCUCUGACCCGGGCUCCUCACCCGGCACCGAGCUCCAGGAGAGCAACGCGUCAGACCCGGGCUCCUCACCCGGCACCGAGCUCCAGGGGCGGGCCGCCUCAGCCUCUGACCCGGGCACCUCACCCGGAGGCCCGGCGGCGGAGGACGAGUUGCUCCGGUCCCGCAUCCAGAGCUGCGAGGCCGGUGUGUCCGAGGCCAUGAGGCUCCUACAGGAGCUCCGUGGGCAGAAGGACGUCCUGGUGGACGAGGUGAACGAGCUCCACCAGCAGCAGAAGAUGUUUGCGGAGACGUUCUGCCGCCGUGUGGACGACCUGGACGAGUCUCUGACCAGUCUGAGGGACUGGUUUCACCGGUGUCCCGGGCCGGAGGAGCUGAGAAGCUGUGUGACCUGGGACGUGAUGAGGUCGGUUCUGCUCAGCGACACAGGAAACCUUCACAAGGAGCUUGUGAACGGUUGUGUUGUGGAUGAGGGAGUCGAACCCGCACCUUUCAGCGUCAGCCCCUCCUCCUCCCCCCGCUCCGUCAACCACACCCUCAGGAGGGCAGCUCCUCGUCCUCCUGGGAUUCCUGGAGACAUCUUCCAGGAGGAGUCGAGCACCCGGGCAAUCACAGAGAGCCCGGACCCGUCAGCGCCGCCUCAGCAGAACCACACAACAUCCUGGAAGUCCAGAAACCUGGAGCUGUACUCGGACACGGUGGAGGUCCUGAGGAACACCGCCCGACUGAAGGAGAAGUUCCAGCGGCUGGAAGCUCGUGUGGGGGCGCUGGAGGAGGGGAAGGUGGACCAGAACCAGCUGACUCCGCUCAGAGACGCCAUCACAGACAAAGGUUUUCAGGAUGUGUCUGGAAACCUGAUGGAUCAACUGAACCAGCAAACAGCUUUGAUGAGCAUCCUGAAGAGCGACCAGGAGAAGGGCGAGGAGCUGGUGAGCGACCUGAAGACCACGAUGCUUCAGCUUCAGGCCGAGUGUGAGAACCUGCAGGAGACGACCAGGAGUCUGCAGGAGGACAGUCGACAGAUGCAGAGCCACAUGGAGAAAGCUGACGGCUGUGCUCUGGACAACAAAGUGACUCGUCUGCAGUUCGACUCUGUGACGGAGCAGCUGAACACCAUGUUCCACGAGCUGCUGCACAAGGUCACGGGGCAGGAGCAGGACUGGAACAAGGUCGUGGACCGACUCUCCACUGAGAUGGAGCACAAGCUCAACAGGAUGGAGCUGGACUCUGUGAAGAAGCAGCUGGAGGAGCGAUGGAAGAACAUCCACGAGAAGCUGCAGACUCAGGGAGCUCCAGAGCACGAGGACGCUGCCGGCAUCAGGAAACAACUUGUGGACAGAUUUCACUGCCUCUCCUGUGACCGACCGGUCGUCAAGCACACGCCCGGGCCGUACGUGGUGACGCUGCCCUCCACUCCAGCGUUCCCCUCACACAAGUCCAUCCGGCCGUUCACUGUCUACGCUCUGGAGCAGGUCCGACAGCACUACAGGAGCGAGCGCUUCACAGAGGUCACCGACUACAGUCACAUGACCAUGAGGAGCUGCGGGGGGGGUCACACCGUCACCUCGGCCAACCAGCGCCGCAGCGGCCUGCCGACCAUGAAGCACCACAGCCAGCCGGAGGGGGACGGGGGCAUUCAGUCGGAGGAGGUGGACAUCCUCGGAAUGGACGGACACAUUUACAGAGGACGCCUGAACGGCCCGAACAUCAGAGGCACAGAAACUAAACUCCCUACGAUCUCCACCAGAGACGGUAAAUGUCCUCAAACCUCAUGGAGGACACACACCAGAGACUGUAGAGGACGUGAAGGUCAGAGGACGAGAGACGGAGCCAGAAGUUCACCGACGCACAAAGCUGCUGCUUCUCCAGAGGGAGGAGACAACACAGCAGCUCCCCACAGUGUCAGGAGCCGCUCAGCCUCCAGCAGCUCGACUCGUGAUUGGCGGCUGUCGACUCUGGGCUGCUCGUCUCAGAGCUCCAUCACCCCCCCGAGGAGCUCCGAGGCUGCAGACAAGCAGGGCGACCUGUAGGGGGCGACUCUGAGUCUGUUUCACUACGUCAAAGAGCUUCGGUUGGUAGGACGCCACCUGCUGGAGGCAACAGGCUUUGUUUAUUGAGCAAACAUACAUUUAGUUUUUUUUUACUUCUGUGAUCAGCCACUUUGAAUAUUGUUUAAAAGAAAAUUAAUUUGUAAUUGAAUAAAGUUGAGUGUAAAUUGUUUCACGUCAUGUUGCUCCAGAGGAUUUAGAAUCAUAAUGAAUGAAUCAUAUUUCAUUCAGAGUUAAAGUUGCCAGAACAUGUUUUCAUCCAAUUAAAAGCCACAAAACAAAACUCUAUUAAAUGUAUUUGUAAAAUGUAUUCUGUUAAUAUUAAAUGUGAUGUAGUUGAUGUGUUGAGCUGAGACGCUGAUAAUCUGUAAACCAGUGAACCUGGAUGAUGCGUAGUGAAGGGAAACACAAGCUACAACGUUCACAUCCUGUUCACAGAGCAGCAGCAGGAAGGGGGGGGGCUGUUCACAGAGCAGCAGCAGGAAGGUCGCGGGGGGGUGAGUGAGGCUGAAGCAGAAGUCGUCACAGAGGAGGAAGGAACAAAGCGUUUCCUGUCAUUGAAGGAUCCACUUUUAUGUUGAGUCUAUUUCUGAUCUUCUCGUUCUGCUUCUCUGAGAUCAGAUCUUCACUGGUGACAAGUCAACGUUUAGAUGACGACUAGAAACGUUCAGAUCAAAAAAUCAUGAAGAUUAAAAUCCACAGUUACAGAUGAAACCACCACACGUUACUCUAACAUUACUCAAACUCAAGUGAAGCACAGAAGUGUUGGCUAACAGAGGGUUUCAAUGAAAAGGCGUCAAAAGGAUUUGUUGAUAAAAAUCGUUGCAUAUUUUUUAUUUCUUAUAAUUUUACUGUAUUUGUGAAUAAACAUGAAACAAUAUUUAAAACCUUCAA